AUGGCGACACAACAUUCAACAGGCGACGGGUGGGCGCAUCACUUUUCCGUCGUCAACAUACCUUUUGGCAUAGCAUCGUCGCCUCGCUUCCCCUCACCCCAGCCCGCCACCAGGGUCGACAACGACGUCAUUUUUCUUUGCAAACUUUACGAGCAAGGACUGCUCAGCAGCGUGCCGGACCUCCCCGCUGGUGUCUUCAAGUACUCGACCCUCAAUGCCUUUGCGGCGCUGCCCAAGACGGUGCACAGCGCCGUGCGCGAGGCCAUACAAAAUGCCUGGCGGGAGGGGAGUGUUUCUAGCGAGAGCAGGGAGGACGUCAGCAGUGUCACUAUGCACCUUCCUGUUCACGUGAGCGACUUUACAGACUUCUCGUGCAGCCUAGAACACGUCAAGAACGCCGGGCGCAUCGUCGUUAACAACGCCAACCCACCGCCGGGCUUCUUCCACUUCCCCACCGCCUACGCCGGGCGGGCCAGCUCCGUGGUGGUGUCAGGGACGCCCAUCGAGCGGCCGCUGGGUCACUUUCCCGACCGCACGGUGCAGGUGGAAGCCCCCGCCAAGCCGCCCGUCAUCUUUGCGCCGACGCGCGCGCUGGACUACGAGGUCGAGUUCGCCGCCGUGAUCGGCACCCCGCUGCCCAUGGGCCAGCGCACGGCCAGCGUCGCCGCCGUGGACCGCCACAUCUUUGGCUUCGUGCUGCUCAACGACUGGUCCGCGCGCGACAUCCAGGGGCUCGAGAUGCUGCCGCUCGGGCCCUGCAACGGCAAGAACCUGGGCACCAGCGUGUCGCCGUGGGUGGUGCUGCCGGACGCCCUGUCGCCGUUCCGCACGCAGGGGCCCGAGCACCUUGGUCCCGUCGCGCCGCACCUCGCCGACCCCGUGCGCGGCACCUUUGACGUGACCUUUGAGGUGGCGGUGCAGCCCGCCGGGGCCGGGGAUUUUGCCACCGCGGGCAGGUCGAGCCUCAAGGAUCUGUACUGGACGCCGCGGCAGAUGGUGUCGCAUAUCGUGAGCGCCGGUGCGCCGUUGCGGACGGGGGAUUUGAUGGCCACGGGCACGGUGAGCGGCGCCGGGAGGGACAAGGCAGGCUGUCUGCUCGAGGCUACCGAGGGUGGCAAGGUGCCGCUCGAGCUUGGAGGAGGGCUGAAGAGGGCGUACCUGGAAGAUGGGGACGUUGUGCGGAUCACGGCGGUUGCAGGUGGUGAGGGCAGUGGAGUGGGUUUUGGGGAGGUGGUUGGCCAAGUAUUACCUGCGCGAGAACUUGCCUAG